AUGAGUUUGUCAGAACAUUGCGCAUUAAAGAUCAAUUCUCUAGUUUUCUCAUUCAGCCUGACGUCCGAUGUUGAUUCGCGCAUCCUUUUAACAGCCACUCAUGGUAGAAAGCGACAGUUUUUAGGCCUCGAUCUCUCCAAGUCGUUUGAACGUCGGGGUUUAUUAUAUAUUACAGGAAGAAUAAAAGGAUCUAUUUUUUAUGAGCUUCGAGAUCGUAUUGUGUGUCAAUUGGAGGCUAUGAUAGUGUUUGGAUCGUUCAAAGACUGGUUAGUAAAGGUGUUGACCAAAUCGAUCCAUGAUACCCAGUGCUUAUUUGACCAAAAACAGAUCAAUAUUAGUGGAGAUAUCGAGGGAUGA